AAGAGCAAACCGGUCUUGAGUUGGACAAAAAACUAUCAAAUUCAGAUUCAGAUUUAGAUUUAGAUCUGCCUUUCUGUGAUUUCCAAUUAAGAGCUAAGAAAAAAAAGAUCAAGAAGCAAGCUUAA